UAGUCUGUAAAGGAUGCCAAAUGAGAGAAUUUCCCACUCAAGGCAAACUGAGGAACAAGACUGUUUACAAAGUCAAUAUGUCAGUAAUAAUGUAGAAAUGACAAUCAAGCAAGAAAAUGGUGGUGAUGUGGAGGUGGAGGAAUGUCUCCCAUCUUGUUCCCCUGCUGAUGGGCCAUCCACCUCUGCUGAGAGGUGUGCAUCAGCAACUCCAAGGAGAGGGCCAGCCCUGCUGCACAUCGACAGACAUCAGAUCCAGGCAGUGGAGCCCAGCGUGCAGGCCCUUGAACUGCAGGGUUUGGGUGUGGAUGUCUAUGACCAGGAUGUGCUAGAGCAAGGUGUGCUUCAGCAAGUGGACCAAGCAAUCCAUGAGGCCAGCUGUGUGGCCCAGCUUGCUGAUGUGGAGAAGGAGUAUCGGUCAGUACUGGAUGACCUCACGUCAUGUACGACAUCCCUAAGGCAAAUCAAUAAAAUUAUUGAACAACUUAGCCCUCAAGCUGCCACCAACAGAGACAUCAACAGGAAACUAGAUUCUGUAAGACGACAGAAGUUUAAUAAGGAACAGCAACUAAAAAAGAUCACUGCAAAACAAAAACGUCUCCAGGCCAUUCUUGGAGGAGCAGAGGUAAAAGUUGAACUAGAUCAUGCCAGUCUGGAGGAGGAGGAUGCAGAGCCUGGGCCAUCCUGUCUCGGCAGCAUGCUCAUGCCUGUCCAGGAGGCUGCCUGGGAGGAGCUCAUCCGCACUGGCCAGAUGACACCUUUUGGUACCCAGAUCCCUCAAAAACAGGAGAAAAAGCCUAGAAAAAUAAUGCUUAAUGAAGCAUCAGACUUUGAAAAGUAUUUGGCAGAUCAAGCAAAACUGUCUUUUGAAAGAAAGAAGCAAGCUUAUACUAAAAGAGCUGCUAGAAAAGCUCCAGCCACUGUCACUUCUGAGUUGACCCCAACACAAAAUAAAAACAAACCAAACAAGAAAACCAAAGUUCUCUCAAAAACAGAUAAACGCUUGAAAAAGCACAUCAAGAAACUCCAGAAGAAGGCUCUGCAGUUUCAGGGGAAAGUGGGAUUGCCAAAGGCAAAGAAACCAUGGGAGUCAGAUAUGAGGCCAAAUGCAGAGGGAGACUCUGGGAGUGAAGAGUCGGAAUACUUCCCGUCGGGGGAGGAUGAGGAGGACGAUGUGGAGGGGACGAGGGCAGACCUAUCUGGAGAUGGCACCAGCUGUGAACUGAGGCCUGUGCGCAAGAGCUGCAAACGGCAGAAGAAAGUCCUGGUACAGGAGAUUGAUGAUGACUUUUUCUCAAGUUCCGGAGAAGAAGCUGAAGCCACAGGAGGAGGAGGUCAAAAAGUAGCGAGAUGCCGAGAUGAUGGAGAUGAAGAUUAUUAUAAGCAGCGGUUAAGGAGAUGGAAUAAAUUGAGACUGCAGGACAAAGAGAAGCGCCUGAAGCUGGAAGAUGAUUCUGAGGAAAGCGAUGCCGAAUUUGAUGAAGGUUUUAAAGUGCCGGGUUUUCUGUUCAGAAAGCUUUUUAAGUACCAGCAGACAGGUGUUAGGUGGCUGUGGGAAUUACACUGCCAGCAGGCAGGAGGAAUUCUGGGAGAUGAAAUGGGAUUGGGCAAGACCAUCCAGAUAAUUGCCUUUUUGGCAGGUCUGAGCUACAGCAAGAUCAGGACUCGUGGUUCAAAUUACAGGUUCGAGGGGUUGGGUCCAACUGUAAUUGUCUGUCCAACGACAGUGAUGCAUCAGUGGGUGAAGGAAUUUCACACGUGGUGGCCUCCAUUCAGAGUGGCAAUUCUGCAUGAAACUGGUUCCUAUACCCACAAAAAGGAGAAACUAAUUCGAGAUAUUGCACAUUAUCAUGGAAUUUUGAUCACUUCUUACUCCUACAUUCGACUGAUGCAGGAUGACAUUGGCAGGUAUGGCUGGCACUAUGUGAUCUUGGAUGAAGGACACAAAAUUCGAAAUCCAAAUGCUGCUGUCACUCUUGCUUGCAAACAGUUCCGCACUCCUCAUCGGAUCAUCUUGUCUGGCUCACCAAUGCAAAAUAACCUCCGAGAGCUGUGGUCACUCUUUGACUUUGUCUUUCCUGGAAAGUUAGGCACAUUGCCCGUGUUUAUGGAGCAGUUCUCUGUUCCCAUCACGAUGGGGGGAUAUUCAAAUGCUUCCCCGGUACAGGUUAAAACUGCUUAUAAGUGUGCAUGUGUCUUACGAGAUACAAUAAAUCCAUACCUACUGCGGAGAAUGAAGUCAGAUGUCAAGAUGAGCCUUUCUUUGCCGGAUAAAAAUGAACAGGUCUUAUUUUGCCGUCUUACAGAUGAACAGCAUAAAGUCUACCAAAAUUUCAUUGAUUCCAAAGAAGUUUACAGGAUUCUCAAUGGAGAGAUGCAGAUUUUCUCUGGACUUGUAGCCUUAAGAAAAAUCUGCAACCACCCUGAUCUCUUUUCUGGAGGUCCCAAAAAUCUCAAAGGUCUUCCAGAUGACGAACUAGAAGAAGAUCAGUUUGGAUACUGGAAACGUUCUGGGAAAAUGAUUGUUGUUGAGUCUUUGUUGAAAAUAUGGCACAAACAGGGUCAACGAGUAUUGCUGUUUUCUCAGUCAAGACAGAUGCUGCACAUACUUGAAGUUUUCCUUAGAGCACGGAAGUAUUCCUAUCUCAAGAUGGAUGGUACCACUACAAUAGCUUCAAGACAGCCACUGAUUACAAGAUACAAUGAGGACACAUCUAUAUUUGUGUUUCUUCUGACCACUCGGGUGGGCGGCAUAGGUGUCAACCUAACAGGGGCAAACAGAGUCAUCAUCUAUGACCCCGACUGGAACCCAAGCACAGACACUCAGGCCCGGGAGCGAGCAUGGAGAAUAGGCCAGAAGAAGCAGGUGACUGUGUACAGACUCCUGACUGCGGGUACCAUUGAAGAAAAGAUCUACCACCGACAGAUCUUCAAGCAGUUUUUGACAAAUAGAGUGCUAAAAGACCCAAAGCAAAGAAGAUUUUUCAAAUCCAAUGAUCUUUAUGAGCUCUUUACUCUGACUAGCCCCGAUGUAUCCCAGAGUACUGAAACAAGUGCUAUUUUUGCAGGAACUGGUUCAGAUGUUCAGGCACCCAAACGCCAUUUUAAAAAAAAGAGUCAACCAACCUUUGAAAUAGACCCUGAUGUUCCAAAACACAAAAAGUUCCCUGGUUCUGAUGCAUCUGCAAAUGAUGCCAUGUCAUCUGAAGAGAAAUCUAAGGCUAUAGGAGCUGAAAUAAAUACCAUAACUUCUAAUCAAAGUGAUCCUUUGAAAGAUAACCCUCACACGAGUAGUAAUGUAACUAACAAUGACAGGCUUGGAGAAGAGACAAACACAGGGUCUAGACCAGCGGAGUCAUCAGUGAUUAAUGGAAAGGGGGAAUGUUCCGAUUCUCCAAGAAUUAGCAAAACAUCCAGGCCACCUGGUGAGGAAAGCAUCGAUGAAAAGCAGGGUCUUUCUUACAAAAGAGAAAACUGCCAGGUUCAAAUAGAACCUCUUUGGGAGAAUGAACAAACAGAAAAUAAUUUUUAUAAGCACAAGUCAAAAACAAAACAUCACAGUGUGGCAGAAGACGAGACCUUGGAGAAACAUCUGAGACCAAAGCAAAAGCCUAAGAACUCUAAGCAUCAUAGAGAUGCCAAGUUUGAAGGAACUCGAAUUCCACACCUCGUGAAGAAAAGGCAGUAUCAGAAGCAAGACAGUGAAAACAAGAGUGAGGUCAAGGAACAGAGCAAUGAUGAUUAUGUUUUGGAAAAGCUUUUUAAAAAAUCAGUCGGUGUGCACAGUGUCUUGAAGCAUGAUGCCAUCAUGGAUGGAGCCAACCCCGAUUAUGUGCUGGUGGAGGCAGAAGCCAACCGAGUGGCCCAGGAUGCCCUGAAAGCAUUGAGGCUCUCUCGUCAGAGGUGCCUGGGAGCAGGGUCUGGUGUUCCCACCUGGACUGGCCACAGGGGAAUUUCUGGUGCACCAGGAGGAACAAAGAGUAGAUUUGGUAAGAAAAGGAAUUCUAACUUCUCUUCAACUUCUCCAACAGAUAAGUGCCAGGAUGGCAUCAUGAAAAAGGAGGGAAGAGAUAAUGUCCCUGGGCAUUUUAGUGGAACAGCAGAAGAUGCAGAAUCCUCAUCUGAGGUCCUCCCUUCAUCCUCACUCUUGGCUAAAAUGAGAGCGAGAAACCACCUGAUUCUGCCACAGCGGUUAGAGAGUGAUGACGGGCACCUGCAAGAGGUUUCUGCCUCACUGCCCACCACAGAACAUGAUGACCUUCUGGUAGAAAUUAGGAACUUCAUUGCUUUCCAGGCCCACGUUGAUGGCCAGGCCAGCACUAGGGAGAUACUGCAGGAGUUUGAAUCCAAGUUGUCUGCAUCGCAGUCUUGUGUCUUCCGAGAACUAUUGAGAAAUCUGUGCACUUUUCAUAGAACUUCUGGUGGUGAGGGAAUUUGGAAACUCAAGCCAGAAUACUGCUGAGCACCAUUGUUUCCUAAACUUUGAACUCACCUUUUCCAAUAGAAAUUCCCGAUUAUUAUUCUAUGAUUAAUAAUUAUGUUUGUUGACGGAAGUUGUCUUCACUUGAUAUUUACUUUGCAUGACAUCUACCUCAUAACUUUAAAGAAGACGAAGCUUUUCUCCGAAACUUAAAUGUUUUAGUAAUGCUAACUAAAAGAGAAAAUACUUGAAUUGAUUUUUUUUUUUUUUGGUCACUCUGGAUUAUGUUAAAAAACCAAGAAUCUAACAGUUACUCCUUGCAGCACGUUUGUUCCUUUACCCAAAAGGUAAGUGUCAGGGAGCACAUUUAGUAGUAUGCAGAACAGAAAUCUCAAGAAUUAUUUUUAUUGGUGCUAAAAGUGGGUCUUAAGUUGGUCAGACCCGUUCAAUAAAUUAGUUAAUCAGUGUCUGAUAACAGCAUUAUUUUGAUGCAUACCUUUAAACACUUAAAUUUAUUGUUUGCUACCCCAAAAAAGUAGAUUUGUUAUCUGUAAUUUGUUAAUCUUAUUGUCUUUAAAAUAUCUUCUUUUGAAGGUACUGUUAAAUUGACAGGUAUGUUUACUAGUAAAGCAUGAAAUAGUGUGGUAAUAAAUUAUAAAACAUGUAGUUGUGGAAAGUUGUAGAGUAUUCCAUUUACCCUGGCUUUACUUUAAGCAUAGGACAUCUUUUGUCCUGCCUACAGUGACUAUUGAUUUUUUUUAAAUGUUAAAUAUUAGAAAAUCCAAGCAGAACCAAAAAUAGGUGCAUAAAACCAUACACAUGCAUGCACACAAAUAUCACUGCAGACGACAACCAGACACAGCCAUCGGUACUGGGAAGUGACAUCACCAGGCUUCUCUCAGCCUGCAGUCGGCGUCUUUGACCCUUUUUGUUGUUUUCUUGUGGAGCUGGCUCUGCUGAGGGUGCUGAUUGUGUCCUGUCAGAGCCACGUUGCUCUCCCAGUUAUCUUCUCUCCAGGUGCCUUCAUCUUGCGCCUACCUUUACAUUCACUGUGACACUCUUUCCUAUGUCUGCGGUGCGGUUUUCAGCUCAGGCUGUUCUGUUUCUGACUGUUAUUUAUGUAUUUAUGGUUCUAUGAUUAUGUUGCUUUGAUCCUUAGUUUAUUGUCUUACCUUGUUUAUCUUGUUUCCUUCUCAUCCUUCUCAUGGUUAUUUUAUCAUCUUGUCUAUGAAGUCUUGUUUUCUUAAAUUCAUUGUAUUCCUUGGCUUUCUUCUCUAGCCAUUCCAAUGCAUUUUUUUUUUUUUAGUUGUGUUCCCUGGCUUGCUGUUUGUCUUCUCACGUUUUUCUAUGUUAUGCUUGCCUUCCUCCAUGCCAUUUCUUUACAUCUUGCUCAUGCUAAAAGUGGACAGCUGUGUCUGGAUCUUCUGUUUGCUCUUCCUUACCACCCAGAGAGGACAGUUCUUAGAGUGAGGUAUGGCUGGGCUGCUGUAGCUUUGGUGAAAGGACAUGGAUUUUGCUUUCUCUGCUGUGAUGUUUUCCCCGCCUUAGACCAGGAAUCCUUUCCUUAGACAGAUGUCCUACCCUGAGUAUGAUUAUGUCAGAAUUUUUUACUUUUCUGGGAUUCUAGUUUGUUUUUGUUUUUGUUUUUUUCCUGUUUAGGGAGAAAGAUACUAUUUUCAUCACAUUGUCAUAAUUAUUUAGAAGUCGUAGAAGGGAUUUUUAAACACAUCAUUAAGUUUUAAACUUGAGUACAUGACUCAGAAGGGAGUCAGAACUCAUGAUUAGUUUGUUCCUGGCGAGCUCUUUAUAUUUUUUAAAAUACUCAUUGACCUAUAAGGAAAUUGUAUCCCCUUGUUCUCAGGGUGAAGUACUGACCCAGUUAACCAGUGUGAGACGCCUGGGCAUCAUAUCUAUAUUUGACCUAGAGAAGGUGUAGCCCUCUCUUCAAGUAAAAAUUAUUGCAUCAAAAGUUACGAUGCAGUAGAAGCCAGGUUCUUUCCAGUUCUUGUUUCAAUUCUGCCACUGACAUGUUAUGACCUGGGGUAGGUUGUAUCUCAGUGUGAAGAGCUGUAAACAUUGUCAUCUUGCGUCCUGGAUGGAAGGACUUAGAGACAAUGCUGUAAGUUGAAUGGGGUAACUUAUUUGUGCAAAUAAAAUCUAAUUUUUUGAACUUUAAAAGCUUUGUACACUGUAGAUAGAUUUAAUGUAUUUAACAUGUUAUAUCAAUACAAAUAAAGGAUUUUAAAAUGUUGUCAAAUGUUUUAAAUUCUCUAGUUAGUAUAUGAAUGUACCAUCACUGUUCAAAAAUUUCAAUCAAUAUUCUGCCUCCCCACUUCCACACCAAUUUUACUUCUGUUCCAGAGCUAAGUACAGUAUGUAUUUAGUGUGUAUGCUGUUACAAAAACAACUGACACAGUCUGCUGCUAUAAAGUCUGUUUUUCCCUUAUGUACUAAUAAAAUCCCUGAGUUUUGCCCAGACACAUGGCUGUUCAACUAAAGACUGUACUUCUUAGCCUCCCUUCCAGUUAAUUGUGACCACGUGGCUAAAUUUUAGACAAUGGGAUGUGAGUAAAACUACCCAGUUAGGCCCUUGAUGUUCCCCUUUUCAUUUUGGCUGAAAGACCAGUGAGAGCUUUAGCGGUGACCUGGAAUCUCAAGAGAUGGAAGUCAUGUGUUGAGGACAGAGAGGUUGAACUGCUUUUCCUUUGACCUGUUACUUAAAAGAAAAAUAAAUUACUGACUUGUCUAA